AAGUGCCGGUACUAUCUGCCAUAUAUCUGGAAAAGAAUGAACUGUUUUCAUUACUCAUUGCAGCAUAUGCAGAAGUCUUCCUCCAUGUCUGUUCUUGAGGUCGACUAAGCUGUUACAGCAUGCAGGACAUCUGAAAACCAUGGUGGAGCACCUGACGAUUGCAGGGCAGGAUCUUCAGAUGAAUCUCUGUGACACAAGUUUCCUAUUAACAGCCUUGUUUCAUGCUGCCUCUGAUUAUGGUGUUAAGAAUAUUCAAGUCCAGCAGUGUCUUGCACCACUCAGGAUGGCAGUUUUGUACCACUUUGAAUCUUUAAAGAGUAUCUUCAAGUGCCACACAGAAGUUAUUGGAAUGCACAAUUGCUUGCAAGAAUUUUGGAGUUUCCUCAAAUGCACAGAUGUGAUAGAUACCAGUGAAGUGACACCCCAGGAAGCUGGUAUUAGAUGUCUUGCCCUGCGGCUCAAAUCCGCUGGCACUAACCUAUCUAAGAUUUCUCCAAAGACAAUUUGCUACUUUAGGUGGCUUUUAGCAUACAUAGGACAGCAGCAAAUUUAUGGCAGACACAAACUGACAGGUAUAAAUAAAUACCAAGUCAUGAACCAGCAAGUGCCGCAUAUGCAGAAGUCUUCCUCCAUGUCUGUUCUUGAGGUCGACUAA